GUCGCGCCGUCGUCGUGGAAACGCAGCCGCGCCGGAAAACAGAACUACAACUCCCAGCCGGCCCCGCGCUCCGGGUCUGCAAGAUGGUGUCCCGCAAGAGGAAAGCCAAGGCGAGCGGCCACGAGGGGACCGCACCAAGCCCACCGGGCUAUUCGGCUGUUCCAGUGAAGUUCUCAGAAAAGCAGCAAGCUUCCCAUUACCUCUACUUGAGACAGCACAGAGUUCGCGAAGGCACCCAGUCCACAUGGCCUCCCAAUCGGACACUUUUUAUCCUCAACGUACCCCCGUACUGCACAGAGGAGAGCCUGUCUCGGUGCCUGGCCUCCUGUGGCGCCAUCAAGACUGUAGAGCUGCAGGAGAAGCCUGACCUUGCCGAGAGCCCUAAGGAGCCGAAGUCCAAGUUUUUUCAGUCCAAGCCCUUGCAGGGCUUUCGGGUUGCUUAUGUGGUAUUCCAGAAGCCAAGUGGCGUGUCUGCUGCCUUGAACCUGAAGGGCCCAUUGCUGGUUUCUACAGAGAGCCACCCUGUGAAGAGUGGAAUUCAGAAGUGGAUCAGCGACUAUGAAGAUUCAGUGCCAGACCCCGAGGCCCUGAGAGUUGAAGUGGACACAUUCAUGGAGGCCUAUGACAAGAAAAUAGCCGAGGAGGAGGCUAAGGCCAAGGAGGAGGAGGGGGUCCCUGAUGAGGAGGGCUGGGUGAAGGUGACCCGCCGGGGCCGCAGGCCUGUGCUCCCUCGAACGGAAGCGGCCAGCCUGCGAGUUCUUGAGAAGGAGAAACGGAAGCGAGCCCGCAAGGAGCUGCUCAACUUCUACGCCUGGCAGCACCGGGAGAGCAAGAUGGAGCACCUAGCACAGCUGCGAAAGAAGUUUGAAGAGGACAAGCAGAAGAUCGAACUGAUGAGAGCCCAACGCAAAUUCCGACCCUACUGAGCCAUUCCGGCCCCGGCCCCAAGACCAGCAGACCCAUUGUUCCCUCAGGGACCACGCUCUGGGAAGCAGAUACCAAGCCACGAAGCAGCUGUGUCACCCAGGUCUAGCUCUGCACCUGCACAGGCUGGACGUGAAGGAAGAUUUGGCCUUCAGAGAGAUACCUCUGCUCCUUCCUGCAUGUCUGCUUCUGACCCAGUUGCCUUCUAUGAAGCCCCUGCUGGCAACAGCCACGUGGAGUGCAGUGAUGGCAGAAGAUUUUAUUUCCACACAGGCUGGGGGCAAGGACAGGCUCCAGAAGCCUUUGAGCGCAGAGGCUCAGGCCCGCUUCCUCAGUGCUACCAGUUCACUGCAGCUUACCAAACACAGUUCUGGACCCCUUGUCCCCUUCUUGAGGUCACAGAUAAGGUCAGAAUCUUUUUCUCUGCCCCUCUUGGUUUUCAAGCCCAGUGAGACCCACGCCCACCUAUUUGGUAGAAUGAGGAUACUCGAGACCCAGUGGAAGCUAGAACUUGGGAACAUGGUCCCAGGCCAGAGCUACAGCCUCGCAGGGGUUUCUGGGGCCAUCUUGGCCUGGCUCUGUAGAAAGGAGUUGAUGACUCCAGCCACAAGGUUGGGCUCAUUCAUGUGGACGUAGUGAUUGCCUGGGACUUCCACAUACUGGAACCGCUGGAGAGAGGGGGGCAGGUGGUGAGACGGCCCACUCAGGAGACUGUCCCGUGGACUGUUCCAGGUGGGUCAGAGGCAACCUCUCCUCUGUUCACAGUAGCCUAGGAAGCUACUGUCCUAAAGCAGGGAGCCACAGUCACUGCCAGUUCUGUUGGCGAUGACGCCAUCAAAGAAAGGCAGGCUGCAGCAGGAGCUUGCCAAACAGAAGAGCCCCCCGGUAGCCAUAAAUACUUGCCAAUGUGCUGGUCCCAGGAGGGGCGCCCCAGGACGAAGGCUGGCCAGGAGGUACAUAGGGCAAUAAAGCAGGAUUUCUGCCAGCAAAA